AUGCGAUUCGGCUCGUUGGCCGGGCUGGCUUCGGCCGGGCUGGGAAGCCUUGUCGCGGCCCAGGAUCUCCUCUUCCAUAGUUCCAUGAUUGACACUCAGGAAUACGAGCGAGCAACGUCCGUUCUCGGCUUAUCAGUCCACGUUGCAAGCCCUGAAGAAUGGGACAGCUAUACCACAGCUGAUUUUGAGAACUACAAGGCUAUCGUGAUCCCAGAUCCCACUUGUGGUGCCGUCAACACGAUCGACUUCUUCGACUUGACCAAGGCUGUUUGGAGUCCUGCCGUGAAGGGCAACAUCAUCCUCAUCGGCACGGACCCUACCUUUCACUCCUCAAGCCAGCCUGGCGCCCUGACUCUGAUUGACGACGCCGUUCGGUUUUCUGCCUCUGGCAAUGGUACUGGCUUGUACUUUGCCCUGUCUUGUUACUACGACUCUGUCGACGCGGCUACUGUAGACUCGCUGUCCUACUUUGGCACAAUCACCGUUCGCGGGAGGCUGGCAUGUUAUAACGACGCACACUUGGUUGCCGACUCCACUGCCCUGGGCACUCUUGACGAUUCCGCCCUGAGCGACUGGUCCUGCAGCGUGCACGAAGUCUUCUCAUCUUAUCCCACCACGGGCCUCUUUGGGUUUGUGCCACUUGCAAUCGCACAGGGUGCUACCGGGGACGGACAGAAGGACUUUGCAGAUGGCUCAAACGGAGUUCCCUAUAUUAUUGUCAAAGGCGCUACUCCGGAUGGCUGUGGUGAUGGCGUCUGGGAUGCGAGUCUGGAGGAGGAGUGUGACGAUGGGCCCCUGAAUGGGACGCCAGAAAGCUCCUGCUCCUCAUCCUGCAAAUGUCUCAACGGGGCUGUCGUUCCGGGCGUGUGUCGGCCGCCGGGCCCGAAUUCGACCUUCAGCACGACUCUGUCCACUCCUUCCUCCACUUCACUGCCUGCCCUAACAAAUUCAAGUUCGGUGGUGGCAUCCUCUGCCUCCUCCCCGAUAUCUCUCGUCAACCGCGGCGACGGCCUCGUCCUUUGCCCCGACCCCCUCUUCGGCUUCAUUCGCGAACUCAAGGUCUGUCUCGGACUCCUGGAUGUGCUCGGCUAUUGGCUGAUACGUUGGCAGCUCCGCCCCCUUUCCCACACCAACGGUAGCUUCUUCGCCUUCCGGCAUUGCUUGGACCUCGUGCAGCCCUGUCGUCCCUAUUCCGACGGGCUCUGCUCCCACGGCUCCGGGAAGCACGAGUCUUUCUGCAUCUGGAACGCCAACUGCUCCGUCUUCGAGCGUGUUGACUUCUGGCACUGGGGGGGUCGGUUCUUCCUCGGCGGCAAGCUCAGAGUCAACGCUGUUGGUGACGUCCACGCCACCUGUGCCAUCGCCGAGCAGCCUGUCUGCUGGAAUACCACUGCCGCCACAUCAGAACUUCCACCGGUGUUCCCCACGGUCUCGGUGCCUACCGGGACGAUAUCUCCAGGUCCGAGUUCGUCUACGCCUGCGGGAGCAGGAGCCACCACCGCAGUGACUACACUAUCGUCCCCGGUACUCAUUUCAAGUUCUGUGGCAGUAUCGACAGUUUCCACUGAGGUGUCUCCCUCGUCCGCAUUCAAUGUGUCAUCGGCGACAGCUUCUGCUCCAGCGUCCAGCAUUGGGGUUACUCCAACCACAGAAUCAUCAUCGCCUGUGCCUCCGAGCUCGGAAACCGCCGCAUCAACCAACAGCACCUACACGGGUGUCUCUACUGCUGUCCCACCUCCACCGUCACGGCGUCACGGAUUCGGCCACUACGAUGGUGUCAUCUGUGUCUUCGUCUUUGCUGCCGUCAAGCAUAGGGGAACCACCAGCGACGAGUGCAGGCUCUGUGUCGUCUUCGGUACCCACAACGGCGCCAUCGGCUUCCGUAUCAGAACCGGUGAUCUCGACAACGGUAACAAGCAGCUUUGUCACUACCAUCGCCACAAACUCGUCCACCUCACAAAUAACUGA